CGACGGUGUUGACGGGCUGGCUGUUUGUCCCAACUCGUUGCCUCUGUAACUUACGUGCACCUCGCUCAGUCAGUUGGGUGUGUGAGCAGCUCGAGUCAAUUCUGACGGUCCAAGUACAGCGAGGUACUCCUCCCUCCCACGGGUCACAGACCGAGCGAGAACCGUUCCUUCAUCUGGGCAGGUCCCUCGCUCAUUUCCCGCGCGUGUGCUCUCGCUCUCGCAUUUCUUCAUGCACACUGACUGACCUGACACUCGUCACGGACCUCGCCCGUAUCUGGAACAAACAAUCACCACUCACACUGUCCUCUCUCUCUCGCUCUCGCUGCCUGUCUGGUCGCGCCCUGCCCCCUCACCCGGGUCCACGACGACUCACUGAAGCGACGGCCCUCGAGGCGACGCAGGUGGAAGACAAGACGGACAACAACGACUCCGACGACAGACGACAGACGAUAGACGAAUCGAGCCGCCCCCGCCGACACCGACGCCGCCGCCGUUACAUACAAAGUAUCCGUCUUCGAAUCGUCGCACGCCUCGGCCCUUUGCGAGAUCCCUAUUUCCAUCGCGCAAACCUUGGGCGCCUCUUUUCCUUGGGCAACGAGCCGCACUCGUUGCUCCCCGUCGCAUCGCGUCCUCUGCGAGGGCCCCAACGCUGCUGCUGCUGCUUCCGCUGCUGCUUCCGCUGCUGCUGCCGCUUCUGCUGGUCGACUGCGCCGCUCUGACGCACCCAAACUUCGAAGCGCCGCCUGCCCCCAGCGUGACAGACGCCAGCCAGCGUGGGCACUUACACCACGGGCCUGUCUGCUGUGCCGUACGCUCCACUGCCUACAAAACCCAUCGACGCCUCCGACGACCAGGACGACGACGACGAGAACCAAGUGGCCUGCUCAACAAGUCAUCUCGGGCCCACGCCCGGCCUGUGUCGACUUCCGUACGCUGCAGCCCACCUCACCCCUACUCGAGGCCGCCCCAUCGUAUCGUACCUCGAUUUGUACCUGGUUCCGUGCCCGUGCCUGUCAGGGUAGCAUUUUUGUUGAGGCACUUCACCAUCGGUCAUCUCAGAGGCGGCUUUGAGCUCGCCUAGCCAGCUUAGCCUGCGCCGAGUAGCUGCGCAGCGUCUCUCUUGCCGAAUCCCGAUAACGGUGCGCGUCCCUCGUUGGCCAGCCGUGACCGCGCGCGAUCAAAACCACAUUGCGACGAGCGCAACGACGGACCGAGGUGAGCAGCGGGCGCUGGCUCUCCACGCGACUGGUGCCCUCCUCUUACAACAUCCCAUCGCCACGCGGCAUAAGCAAAUCACUCCGCACCUCUUGUCAUCGCGGGGCGCCUCUACGCGCCGCUCUCACUCAGGCACAAGUUCUCGUGGACGUCGCCCGUGGUGGUCGCGCUCUCGCUUUUGCCGUUUCACCGCACCCAGCUCCAGCCAUCCCACCCGGCGCCCCUCGAGGGCCAUGGCUAGUUGAACUACUCGCCUCCGCAUCCUAACAACUAUGAUGACGGCCGCUCGGCAUCAGCAACAUCCGCCACAGCUCCCAGUCCUCUCGGCCACCGACACCUUUGACCCCGAUGAAGUAGUCCCCCGGGACAGUCCCCUCAUGCAAGCCCUGCGUCCCAAACUCGAACUGUCGCCGAGUCCGCCGCCGGAUAUACCACCGGCCCAAGUCAGUCUCAGCCCUCCUCCCAUCGACGACUUCUUCACCUCUAAUCGGUCAAAGAUCCGCCCUGAUUCCGGAGUCGCCGUCCUCGUGUCCUACUUGGACAAUGGCCGCCGUCCGGAACUGGCACGGGUUGCUGGUGCUCAGGCCCUACCAGACGCCGAGGAGGAUGUCGGUGACGACUUAUUACGUCGUCAUUCAUCCCCAGGACCCGUCGAGUCGCCCCGGACCAGGGAUAUCGCCUCCGGAGCGAGACCUGGCAUGAUGGGUCCGACGCUGCAGCACAUGGCCGCAGAUGCGCUCCAGGUCGUAUCUAAGGAGCCUCGGUGCCCUCCCGCGCCUCGAGAAACGCUGGACAUAUCGGCAUCAACUCGUCACUUGUCCAUCAGCGAUGACCGACCCAAAAACGUCGCAGCUUACGCUUCAUCCAGGGAACAACAAAGACCCCCUGUACGCUUAAACACAGAGGCCAGGUCGCCACCGGCAAUGCUAACCCCUGCGAGCGGCGAGCUUCCUCCUCUCCAGAUGGACUCCCCCAGGUCAGAGUCGAACGGACAGAGCUUGCCUUCUAUCCGCUCCACCCUAGGCGAUAUCAAACACAUACCCUCCGAACCGCCCACGCCCGCAGACAACGAGAUAUCGGGGCUCCACAGCGCUGGGGCAUCUUUUGCAAGAUCGCCACCAAUGAGCCGGCCACGCCUACCGCUCAUGGCAACCUCCCAUGCUUCCCCACCGAUCUCCCCAAACGAGGUCUAUCAGCGGAGUCUUCCGUCACCGCAUUCGCUUCCGGCAUCGAGUCCAUAUUACUACCAGGCGAACGGCGUUAGCCAUCGACCCAGCGUCGAAUAUAGUACCAGUGGCACCGGCGAGACUCCCAGUACCGAUCACUCAGCCUCGACGCCUGCUACCGUUGCAUCUGUUGUGGAUCGCAUGAGUAUUGAUGGCAUCACGAACCCGCCCCUCGGCAUCUUCGUUUGCAGCUUUGCUGGCUGCAAUGCCCCGCCCUUCCAAACGCAAUAUCUGCUCAACUCCCACGCCAAUGUCCAUUCUUCGGCGCGUCCGCACUACUGCCCAGUCAAAGGCUGCUCACGGAGCGAGGGUGGCAAGGGCUUUAAGCGCAAGAACGAGAUGAUACGGCAUGGUCUGGUCCACGAGUCGCCGGGCUACGUUUGCCCAUUUUGCCCGGACAGAGAGCAUAAAUAUCCUCGGCCGGAUAAUUUGCAAAGGCAUGUUCGGGUGCACCACGUGGACAAAGACAAAGACGAUCCGCUGCUCCGGGAGGUACUGGCGCAGCGGCCAGAUGGGCCUAACCGGGGCCGGAGAAGGCGAGGAGUCCCUGCAUAGCAACAUGGCUACCUGCUACCGCGUCCCGCGGCUCUCGAUAUUCGGAUCUUGUAUUCCUGCGGCUUCGGCGAGAACGCUCUCCGAUUCCAUGAACCGCCACAAUGGACGAACCACAGCAGAACGGUUGGAGUCAUGCCCGCGACGACUUUACGCCCAUUUUUUCCCGAUCAGGACGUGACUUCUUUGUCUUCACUGAAGCGUUUAGUAGCCCGCAACUAUCGGCGGGAAUUUUUUUUUUUUUUGAACACAUAUUUCUUCAUUCUUCGUUUCGGCCUCACGCCUCUGAUUGAAAGCGGCAGGCCCGGCGCAUUCGGGUACAAUUUUAUAUACCAGGCUUUUCUUUGGGGGUCUGGGGAGGCCAUGGGAUGCUGGGCUGUUGUUCUUGUUCCUUCACGACUCUUCAUUUUCCGCCCGGCCGUCCAUCCGCUUUGUCAUGGCAGGCGCGGCUGGCCGGCGAAGGUGGGGGGAUCACCUCAUGUCAGGCGGAUUUCAUGUUUUUAGGGCUGGCACGGCGUCCGGAUGCUAUCAAGUUCGAGUCGAACGAGUUCAUGACGGCGAAAGAAAACCAGCAGAUUUAUAUACCAAGUUACAUAUUAUGGGCGUAAAUUCACCCUCGGUAUGACGCAGUAUUUUAGUUGGACA